AUGUCAAUUGAGCAAGCACGAGAGACUCUUGGUCUGAACACAAUGGAAGAUGGAUGGCAGGACGCAUCGGUGAUUCGUCGCGCGUACUUCAAACUAGCCGCACGUUACCAUCCGGACAAAAAUCCGGAAGGUCGUGAGAUGUUUGAGCGGAUCAACACGGCGUACGAAUUGUUGUCGAGUGAUGCUGGCCGAUCGUCUAUGCCAGAUCCACAGCGUAUUGUGUUGUUCCUCCAGGCACAAAGUAUCAUUUAUGGCCGUCAUUCUCAAGGUACGGCUUUUUUGCUAUUCUGCGCAUACAAAUACCAUGGAUAUGGUCACUACUUCGACACACUACUCCUACGAUCUGGAGGCAACGAAACGGCUUCACUGUUUCCAGACGGUGGCGGUGCAUUAGCUCUUCAAAUCGCAUUUGAUCGCUGUGUACCUGUGAUUACAGUGAGUUCUACACCGACAGACAUGGCUGUGCAGGUGUGCGAACAUAUAUGCAAUUGUUUUGCUACAGCUGCGAGCUUUGAAGCAUGUCGUCAACGUAUCGCAGAGAUGCCCACUGUCUUUGGCAAUAUAUGUCGAUUGCUUCAAUUUCCGGAUCUUCCCCGCUUGUCAUCGGCGGCUGCGCAAUGUGUCUGUUCGAUGGCUGUGGACACCUUGCUGCAAACUCAAUUGUUCCAGUCAGGUGUACUGUGGCAACUUGUUCCACAUCUUUUCCAUUACGACUACACUCUUGACGAAGGCGGUGUUUCACAUAGUGAAGAAUCAAACAAGCAAGCUAUGGCGAAUCGUUUGGCUCGGGUCAGCUGCGAAGCAUUAGCUUGCUUGGCAGGGUUCAGAGAGGCUACACCAGAUAACGAUGGUGUGCAGAAUAGUUUGCGGGCGCUCUUGACGCCGUACGUUUGUCGAUGCAUGCGAACAGAAAGUAAUGAUAUGGUUCUGAAAACUUUGAAUUGCAACACGGAGAAUCCAUACCUGAUCUGGGAUAAUGGCACUCGUGCUGAGGUUUUGGAAUUCGUUGAACGGCAUCGUACUUCGAGAGAACAGACGAGUGAACUGUUCGGUGCGGAGUUCCAACUGUCGAUUCACGCUAAAGAGCUGAUAGUAGGCGAUAUAUUUGUGCGAAUUUACAACGAACAACCAACGUUUGUUUUGCAAGAGCCUAAGAAGGUGGCUAUGGAUUUGCUGGACUUUAUGGGACGGCAUGCACCUGAGCUCACCGGACAGCUGAGGAAGCCAGCAAAUGGCGAUUUAAUAGAUAUUGACUGGUCGUGCUCGAACGCUAAUAAGCUGUCAACUGAUGAAAAAGUCGUAAUGUGCACGGAGGCGUUAGCGAAUUUAGUCUCGGCAAAUCCUGGGGUGGAAAUCCUACUCAUCGGUCAUUUCAAUCUGAUCAUUGCCUACCUUCGUGCGCGAUUGUUCCCGAAUGUCCAAUUGGCCACGCUGAAGUUGUUGUCCUUGGCUGUGGCGAACAGAGAAUGUGUACAGGAUUUAUCGAAUCUUCACUGUUGUUCUUCAUUGUUUAUUCUUAUGCGGGACAGGAAGGAAGCUCGUGCUCUCAUUCUGAACAUCUUAAUUGCCCUAUCUUCGAAUGGUCAAAUAGUGAAGGAAAUGCUAGAAUACGGCGGGCUUUUGUACAUAUUAUCAGUUUUGUGCUCCUCUGAAAGUGACUCUGGUGAAAGGUUGCUGGCUGCUGAAUUGUUAACAAAACUUCAGGUAAGUUUACUGGUCGUCGUUGUCAUCGUGAUCAUGAAUUCCGUUAAACAAACUGCAUAG